UCAUUUACACAUGUCGCUGACCUUUCUUCCUCUCUUCUCCAUCAUCUCUCUCAUCUCCCCACUACUCAUGCUCGCCACUGACCACUUCAUCAUCUUCUAAAAUUCCCCAUUACUGCUCCUGCAAAUCAAAUUCCCCAUUCCUCUAUUCCCUCGGAUCAUCCAAAAUAGAAACCACUACUUAACUCCUACUAUAAAUACUCCGGCCCCCCCUCUUCGAUCUAACUUUCCGGCAAUGGGUCGAUCGCCGUGCUGCGAUAAAGUCGGCCUCAAGAAAGGUCCUUGGACGCCCGAAGAAGACCAGAAACUCUUGGCUUAUAUCGAACAACACGGCCAUGGCAGCUGGCGUGCCUUGCCUUCUAAAGCCGGCCUGCAAAGAUGUGGGAAAAGUUGCCGGCUAAGAUGGACCAACUAUCUCCGGCCUGAUAUCAAGAGAGGAAAAUUCAGUUUACAAGAAGAGCAAACCAUUAUCCAACUCCAUGCUCUCCUCGGAAACAGGUGGUCGGCGAUUGCCACUCACUUGCCGAAACGGACGGACAACGAGAUCAAGAAUUACUGGAAUACGCAUCUGAAGAAGCGGCUGGCGAAAAUGGGGAUUGAUCCGGUGACCCACAAGCCGAAGAACGACGCGCUGUUAUCCAGCGACGGCCAGUCCAAGAGCGCCGCCAAUCUCAGCCACAUGGCGCAGUGGGAAAGCGCCCGCCUCGAAGCCGAGGCCCGCCUGGUCCGCCAAUCCAAGCUUCGUUCUGUUUCUCUCCAGAACCCUCUGGAGCCUUCUAGCCCGCUCAACAAGCCGGUGGUGCCGCCGGCGGCCGGGUCGCCGCGGUGUCUCGACAUACUAAAAGCUUGGGGUGGUGGCGGCGGCGCCGGAGGCAGCAGCGGGGCGUUUUCCGUUGUCGGACUUGGCGUCGGAGAGCCGCAGCUGGAGUCGCCGACGUCGACGCUGAGCUACUCCGAGAACGCGCCGCAGAUUUCCAGCACCGGCGCGGGGAUGGGCGAGCACUCGACGGCGGCGUUUAUGAAAGAAGAAACUGAGGAUCAAGCGUGGAAGUGCUUCGGGAAUGCGGCGGAGCAUUUCAAACACGGCGGCGGCGUCGAGGAUUCCACCGCCGCCGCCGGUUUCGCCUCGUCGGGGCUUCUCGGCUUGACAAGCAUGCCCGCCGUCGCCAUGGAGAGCGCUGCAUGGACGACACAAGAGCACAUCCCCACCGGCAAUUUUGUGGAGAGGUUCACCGACCUUUUGCUCAGUGCAAAUUCGACGGAACGGAGCUUAUCGGAGGCCGGCAGCACCGAGUCCAAUAACGCCGGCGAUGGCGCCAGCGGCAAUCAUCACUACUAUGAAGAUAACAAAAAUUACUGGGAUAGCAUCCUUAACUUGGUGAAUUCUUCACCCACAAAUUCUCCCAUGUUUUAGGAACCAACUAUAAUCUAUCUCUUGUAGUGACGUAUGAUGUGUUACACUUAGAAUUGUUUCAGUCUAGUGUUUGGGGAAGUCCAUGAACUGUACGUUGUAUUAUUACAAAAUGGAGCCACUCAGCAUCUUUCCUAAGUUUCAAA